UUAAAAUAAAUAUUUUUUAUGUUUACAGGUUUAACGACUGAGGGCCUUUAUCGUGUCAGUGGAAACAAGACAGACCAGGAUAACCUUCAGAAACAAUUUGAUCAAGAUCACAACAUCAAUUUUGGAGAGAUGGAUAUUGCAGUGAAUGCUGUGGCUGGAGCGCUGAAGGCUUUUUUUGCCGACCUGCCUGACCCACUGAUCCCCUACAUCCUGCACCCAGAGCUGGUGGAAGCUGCAAAAAUCAUGAACUACAACGAGCGGCUGCAGGUGUUGCGAGAACUUGUGAAGAAGUUUCCUUCAAUCAACUACCAGAUCUUCAAAUACAUAAUCACACACCUUAACAGGGUGACCCAGCACCGGAAGACUAGUCUGAUGACAGCCGACAACCUGUCCAUCUGCUUCUGGCCCACCCUCAUGCAUCCUGACUUUGAGAACAAAGACACACUGGCGACUGCAAAGCUGAACCAGUCAGUUAUUGAGACUUUCAUUGUGCAGACUGACUAUUUCUUUCAUGGAGGUGAAAUUGAGAGCUCCGGCAGUGAGGGGACACCGCCACCACAUUGCCACAGCAUGGUGGAGGCUCUUCUGCCCCUGCAGUUGCCCCCACCUUUGCAACCCCAGCAGAUACAACACACACUAGCCCCUGAUCCACUCAUUUAAGACACCCCUGGGCUUCUGUGACAUUGGGAGUUCUGAAUGUGCUUCCAACUUCAAUCUUCAACACAUGCUUGGUCAUUCUUUGUUGUCAAAUCAGUGACUGGCUGAUAUCAGUGAAACACAUUGCAACAGUCAGUUGAUUUUUCUCCCCCUACUUGUCAUCUUCUUUCAGCUUUGGGGUUUAGAGACACAUGGAUCAGUUGUUGGAUCGGUCCUUGUCUGAGAGAUCUCCUUAUAAAUCAUGCAAAAUUAGGAGAUGGAUCAUGGAUUUUCAGUUGCACGUCACAUUUUGGAAUGCAUUGUUUAGGUCUAAUUUCCCCACCAGUUUAAUACAAUGAUGGAUAAACUGAUCUGAAAGGGUACAUAAUGGAAGAUUAUUAUCAGAGACAGACUAAGUUUCAAAGCAUUCUUAGAAGGAUUUUGUGCAAAGAUUCCUUCUCUACCCUCUUUGAAAAUGACACUAAGAUUUUUGCCAACAUCUAGGCACAACUAAAGGGAAGUUAAACAUAACUGCUACUCUAAUCUAAAAAACUGACACUGAGAAACAGGCCGAGAGGAUUUCAGUCUUCCUGCAAAUUUUAGCACAGGAAAACAGCUUUUGACUUCAAGUCAGUUUGGGACAUGGAUGAGACUCAACAUGCAAAACUUGCAAACAGGCUUUUUGAACUUGACGCCCUGUAUCUUGAACAUUUUUGGAAGGUGAUGGGUGGAGUCCUGGUUUUCAAUACUAAAUGACAGGAUGAAACAAUACCUUUCCCACUACAUAAACUUCAAGGACAGCACAAGCACGAUUUGUGGCAACGGUCAAUGUUGCAACUUCAUGUCUAUUUACUUGUUUUAUCGUGUCAUGCUUUUAAUAGUUUGAUUACAUUUAAUUUCUAUCCAUGUUGUGUGGGUGUGUGUUUGAUGUGUAAUGAUGCAGAUUAUAUGCCUGAUGGUUUAGCUGUAUGAACUAAUCUGUGGUCUGUAUUCCAGUCUGUUGGUAUCUUUCUUUUACAGGGAAGGGGGAAUUUCAUAGGGAAAAGAGAGAUAAAUAUGCCAACGUACCGAGGACCAGACUUCUAAGCUGUUUCAUUUCUCUUUAGUUUCUCAAUUGUAAAAGGAGAGAUCUCCCCAGGUCUUUUUGGUAUAAGCACAGUAAAGAAGCUGUCUCCAUGUCACCUUAUUUCCUUGAUUUUAUUUUCUAAAAAUCUGCAUGUUUUUGCCUCUUAAUGGAAAAAAAAGAUAACUUUACAAAAUCAAGUGAAAACCUAAAAACACUAAGAGUCCUUGUUAGGAUCUGCAUCACUUUAUCAGACUGUUUAAGGGCAACAUUUCAACAAAAAUUUAUUUGCAUUAACCUAUUUUUGUUUUUGAAAGAAAAUCAAGUCUUUAUAUCAUAUUUUUGUUAUAUGUUAAAUAGGAUUUCGUAAAUAAGAGGAAAGAAGUAUAUAAAAGUCUAUAUAUAAAUAUCGAAUUCUCUCAGCAGCACGAGUUUCUGAUGUAAUGAUCUACAAGGUACUGGAUUCAAAUCUGUCACAAGCUCUGGUCAUAUGUUCAUAUUAGGGUAAAUGUUUUGUUUUAUUUCUGAUAACGUGAAUGUGACUUGAGUGCACAUUUGGGGUAAGCAAGUUUAGGUUGGUGGUUGUAUUGGAUCAGUACAACAACAAAAAAAGAAAGGCAAAUCGUUUCUUUCUUUACCUGGGAUACUUUAUGCAAUACAAAUUUAUCGAAAUGUAACCUAUCCCAGUCUGCUUCUGUCAUUCUGUGAGUAUAACAUUUGAUAAACAUUUAUUAUAGCUUAUUUUCUCAAUCUUCUGUCCGACUGGAUGUUUUUGCUGCUUCAUAUAGAUAAAAUAUUACUUUUUAUUUUACAAAUCAAAAAAUUCUAAAAUUGUAUUAUAAAUCUUUUUUUUCUAUAUUUUCUGUAGAGAGUGCAAUUUUGUGGUACUUUACCCUCUUUGCUCUACAUUUCAAAAGGAGACUUGUAAUAUAAAAACAACCACUAAACCUAUGUCCGCAAGGAUUUUCGACGGUAAUAUUGCCGCAGUUCUACUUUUUAGCACAUAGUAAACAAUUUAUUUAUCGGCUUAUAUUAACCAUAUAAAACUAAAUUUUUAAUUUUUUUUUGUUCUGGAUACCCCUCAAGAUGUUAUCACAAUCUGAUGGCCAAUGCUGAUUGAUGUUCAUCUUUUGUUCCAUGUACCAAUUGGAAGCAAUAAUAAAGCAUGCAUUAAAAGCUGUGAAAUUGCUUUCUUUCAGCCCUUAAAUAUUGGAUUUGAAAAAAUUCAUUCAGAUCCCACAUAUUUUAUUGUAACAUUCUAAAAUGCUUAAUAACUAAUAGUCUUUUAAACUAAUACCAUAAUUUGUUGAGUGGUAGGUUUAAUUUUCUGUAGGCUACUCUUAACCUCAAGAGAGUCAGUUUGGGUGAUUGAGGAAAACCCAUUUCUAAAGUUUGACUUAAACGUUGUGGAAUUAAGCCGCUUAUCUGAACAGGCCAUUCAUAAGUCUUAACUAUAUAAAUGGUAUUAUUUUUGGUAACUCAGACUGUUUACAUUAAAAUGUGUUUCUGAACAAGGCCUGUGAGAUAUAUCUGCCUUUGAAACCAACUUAUGCUAUCCUGAAGUAAUUUUAAAAAAAGUAACAGCAUAUGUAACAACAUUCUAUUGCAGUGAUCUGUUUUGAAUAAUGUUUCAAGAGAUGUUUCAUCUGUUACUGGCUACUUUAUUUGUUGCCGUUGUGCUUGGUCCCUUUUUUCCCUCCUAUGUAUUUGUAAAAAGAAAAAGAAAACUACCCAGAGCUUAUGGCUUACUGUGCAAAAAAGUGAUGAAAGGUGCAGACAGAUUUGUUCUGACUAAAUCUUUGGGUAAGGCUGUUUGGGUAAAAUAUCCAUCUUUGAUAGUCCUACUGUGCUAGUCAAAAUUUCUAAAAAGAUCCUGAAAUGUGCUUAAUAAUCAGAUAAGGGCUUUUUUAUGUCUUCGGAAAGAAGUGCCAAAGCUUUGUAUGAACAGCUUAAUAUAGUAGACGAACAAUAAAGGUUAAAGAAAGUGUAAAAUACAUCAAAUCAUUUUGGUUUUAUUUGGGUUGAGACAACAAAUCUGAUUUAAAGGACACCUUGGAAUGUCUAAGAAAAGUUAAAAUUCUAAAUUUCCUGAAAUGUAUUUUUAUUCAUUAUAGUAGAAUAAAUAGGGCAUUCAUGUUUAUAUGGCUAGAUGGGUUGGAAGUAUUAAAAUUCACAUGGAAGAGGGAAUGAUUGGAGUGAAUCACUCUUUUCUUUCUUUUUGCUGGGUGUCAUCAGAUGCUAGGUAUUAUGACGUUAAAUAAUACUGAACUGUUCAUUUGUGGUUUUCAAUCAUCGGUUCCUUUUAUUUACUUUUUUGUUACAGUCUUCCUUUUUGUCACACCAGUGUACAAACUAUAAAUACACCAAUAAAAAGAAAAUCUGAAAUAAAAAAA